UCUUCCUAUUGGCUCAAAGAGAAAGCAAACUGUUUAAUUUUGAUUGGGCCUUUUCUCGCAGUUUCUGUCAUCCUACAAUAACAAUAACUAAAUAACAAAUACUCAAUCAUUUCUCGUAGAGAUUGUUAAUCCAAACAGACACUGACGGCGGCGGAAAUGGCUCCUCACGGCGAAGCAUCGGCGGAAGACUUGGUGGUAGAAGUUGAAAAACAACGCCCGAUUUCCACUAUUUUAAUCAUCAUAGCUAUGCAGGCGGAAGCUAUGCCUCUGGUUAACAAGUUUCAGCUCCAAGAGGAACCUCACUCUGCGUUUCCGAAAGGGAUUCCGUGGGUGCGGUAUCAUGGUAUUUACAAAGAUCUUCAUAUCAAUAUAGUGUGGCCAGGAAAAGAUCCUGCUUUGGGAGUUGAUAGCGUAGGCACAAUUUCAGCAUCUCUUAUCACGUAUGCUGGUAUUCAAGCUUUACAACCAGACUUAAUAAUCAACGCUGGCACUGCUGGAGGCUUUAAGGCAAAAGGAGCUUCCGUUGGUGAUGUAUUCCUUAUAUCUGAUAUUGCUUUCCACGACCGAAGAAUUCCUAUCCCUGUUUUCGAUCUGUAUGGAGUUUGUUUGCGACAGGCUUACACAACAUCCAAUCUCCUGAAGGAGCUUAACCUGAAGGUUGGGAAAUUGUCUACAGGAGACUCUUUGGACAUGUCCCCACAGGAUGAAGAUUCAAUUAUUGCAAAUGACGCUGUGGUUAAGGACAUGGAGGGAGCAGCGGUUGCUUAUGUUGCCGAUCUCUUAAAAGUCCCUGCAAUAUUUGUCAAAGCAGUGACCGACAUAGUGGACGGUGAUAAACCAACCUCAGAGGAAUUCCUGCAGAAUUUGGCAGCUGUGACUGCUGCACUUGACCAAUCAGUCACCCAAGUAGUUGAAUUCAUCAACGGGAAGUGUUUGUCUGAACUCUAAAUUGACUUUGUGAACGAUUUUGAACUCUGAAGAUUUAUUGAGAAAAAGGUUCGUGCACCAAUCACUCUAAAAAACCAGAUUUGUUUCGGGUAAAACCACAAUUUGUUCAUAGUUUUGAUACAUAUUUGAGCUGAGUAGCUAAAAGAUGAAGCUGAUGAUUUAGUCGGUUCAGCCGAUAGUUUGUGAACUAAUGCACUUUGCUUUAAGUAAUAUACGGCUUUAUUCCCUGCUAAA